CCCUUCCUGACCCAUCACGUGGAAAGCAAGAAACUUCGUUUAACAAUUUUCUUUGAGGCAAAAAAUAAUAAUAAUAAUAAUAAUAAAUACGAGAAAUGCUAGUUCGCGCUCUGCCUUCCACUUCCCGGGUCUUCACUCUCAUUCUCUCUUCCAGCUCCAGGAAAAGAUAUAGAUCAACUUCCAUGACUAGAGAAACGGGUCUUCGCGAUUUCAAUUCUGGAACUAAAAAAUCUGUAAAUUUUCGACUCUGCAAUGUUUCCAGUCACACUACUGAAUUAUUGGAAAUUCAAGCUGAUGAUCCUACAUUCCACGUUUUGUUCAUCCCUGGAAAUCCAGGUGUUAUUACAUUUUACAAGGAGUUCGUGGAAUCACUCUAUGAGUUGCUUGGAGGAAAUGCAUCAGUAACAGCUAUUGGGCAUAUAUCUCACACCAAAAAGGAUUGGGAACGUGGGAAGUUGUUCUCAUUAGAAGAACAGAUUGAUCAUAAGAUGGAUUUUGUCAAGCAAGAACUGCAGAAUAGAGAAGUUCCUAUAGUUCUGGUGGGGCAUUCUAUAGGUUCAUAUAUAUCUCUUGAAAUGUUGAGGAGGUCUACAGAGAAGGUGAUAUAUUGCAUUGGCGUAUAUCCAUUCUUAGCUGUAAAUCAAUACUCACGGACACAGUCUCAUAUUAGGAAGAUUGCAGCGUCCCCGAUUCUUUCUGUUAUAAUUUGUCUGCUUGUAGCACUGCUGGGAUUAUUGCCUGUGUGGGCUUCAAGGUUAAUCGUCUCAAAAUCUGUUGGAAUAUCAUGGUCUGCGACUGCUGUCGAUGCUACUUGUACUCACUUGCGACAGUACCACACUAUGCGGAAUGUGCUCUUUAUGGCAAUGACAGAAUUUAAAGAGCUUUCAAAAACACCAAAUUGGACAUUUAUGAGAGAAAAUCAGCACAAGAUCUCAUUUUUGUACGGCAUUGAUGAUCACUGGGGUCCAAUGUACAUGUUUAACGAGAUAUCCAAACAGGCCCCAAAGAUUUCCUUGUCAGUUGAAGGAGAGGGGCAUACUCAUGCCUUCUGUUGCACAGAAGCUGGUUCUUUGUGGGUUGCUCAUCAUGUAACAAGCUUGAUAGAAAAGAAAAUUUCAGGUCAGACCUAGAAAAGUUAAGAUGCAGAUUAUUGAAAGCUCUGCAAUCGUGUUUCUUCCUGUAAUUGAAAGAAUAAUGAUGAUGCUAAACUAGGGUUUCCAA